AACCCACCAAGGGCAGCCGCGUGCUCUACAUCCUCGUAUUCCCCAAGCUCCACUCAAUCACGGAACUUGACGGCAGAGUGCUUUUCGACGUAUGGCGUCAGUGUAUCUUAUGCCACCUUACUUUGUGGAAGGAAGGUGUCUAUCAUCGAGAUGUCAGCCCAGGGAACCUGAUGUGGUACUGGAAAGACGGCAAGCGGAUAGGUGUGCUAAAUGACUACGAUUUAUCCUCGUUGGCGAAUGUCCAGGGUCCUCAGGGCAACGAGCGCACCGGCACGGUGCCGUUCAUGGCGCGCGAGCUUCUCACUGAAGAAGGUCAACGAGGCAAAGUGAAACACCUAUAUCGCCAUGAUCUGGAGUCAUUUAUGCAGGGAGUCCUUUUACCACGGAAAUUGCGCCCCUUCGACGAGUGGGCAACUUUAGGCGCCAUUGCAUGUGGCGAGAAGAAGUUAGUUUUCCUCAAUAAUAUGACAGCUUCCGCACCCCCAGACAUAGACCAAGUCACAUGGGAUUUCCUUUUGGACUGUUUUUUGGUGCUUAAAAGGGAUGCCGACAACCGGUACUAUCUUCGCCUUAAACGGCCAUCGAGGUCGGGGGAAUGCCACCAGCCCGACGCCGACUCAGAUUUCGAUGCUUUUCUAUCUAAAUUUACAAGUUUAGAGGGUUGGGUCGAGCUCAGCGAACCUUCAAAGUAA